ACACCCCUGAAUCGCGAUCAAUUUUUACUUGGAUCAAAAAACGUCUCAUACAAACUCGAUUUCUACGUACUUUGCGCAGCAACGCUAAGCGUUUGGUCUGUAACUUUAGUAAAACGCAGUGCUGUUUUGGUAAGUAGGGUUAGGGUUUCUGCACAAUGGAGCUUGUCUUUCUUGAAGACUUUAGUGUUAUUGUUUGCAAGCAGCACUGCACAGCAGUAGUGAGUCUGGAUGCGCAUCUCUGUAAACACCAUGCUGCAUCUGCUGCGCUACGGCGACAAAUACUUGAGCGCUUCAGUCAAUUUAAGACUGUCGCUCUAAGCGCAAUUGAGCUCCUGGACGAGCCCGCGCAGCCGCUGGACGAGCUUGGAGAGCCGCUUGAUGGUGCGCAGUGCAAGACGUGCAGCUGGAUUACUGUUAACAAAGAUGAGAUGCGCAGGCAUUGCAAGAAAAAACACCAGCAAGCUUGGGUAGGAGAGAAAAGCUUGCUCUAUGAUAUAGUAAUAGUGCAGAGCUUCUUUUGCACUGGGGGGCUGCAAAAAUAUUUUAUUGUUAAGGCUGGUGCUGUUGAAAAUAGGCAAAAUUCAGACCUAAAUCAGGUGGUUGAAGAACAACUUAAUGCAUGGCGCCAGGUGCGAAAUCAGCUUGAAGAAGAUAUACAGGUUAUGGGCAACGCUGCAAAGACUGAUAAAACCGGCUGGUUCAAGCGAACAGGGUGGUUGGAGUUCUUAAAAGGCCGGAAUCUUGUUUAUCUAGCCCAUCAAGCCCGCUUACCUGACCGCAACGAGGUGAAAUUGCAGGCAGCUGCUCAGCUAACAGAGCAGCUGAUUGAGAAGAAACCCGGCGAUGGCUUCGUAGUGCGCGGCAGACAGAUAUCGAUUAACAACUGCUGGCGCGACUGCAGAACCCUGAGAGUCAGGCGACAUGAAGAGCGCCAGAUGGACAAGUAUCUAUCGCAGAGAGAUCAGGCUAUUCACAGCAGCGAGGAGUUAAGCGGCGAUGGUGCUGGCACAGAGAGCGAGUACAACGACAGCAACGACGACAACAAUGCUGAUAGCGACGGCAAUGAUAGUGUUGUGCUAGAGCGCUGACCGCGUUAAAAAGCGCUGACAGACAUAAUGAAGGAUGCGCGUGAAGUGUUUAGCUGGAAGGAGGAUUAGAAGGCGCUGGCGAUUUGGCUGUGGAUUGCUCUUGAUAACGGUGACCGAGCAGCUCAAAUCACUGUUCUGCUGGACUUGCUGAGUUUGUUCAUACUUACGAGCUAUGGCAAUGAGGUGUUGUUAGCUGGAUUGGUGCAGUUUCUUGCUGUGCUAGGCAUAGACACCAAGACAAAACGCUUGCGCACUGCAAAGAACUACUUGUAUAUGCUAGCAGGGAUGGUGUAUUGCAUCUGGGUGGUUGGAGUUGAGAAGCUUCUUCCCGCAGCAGGGCGCGAUGAGCAGAUAGAAGAAGCGCGGGACAGGUUCUUGGAAAUGCGCAAGAAGUAUCUGGCCAACGGCUCGUAUAGUCCGACGAGUGAGAUGAUCAGUCUUCUAGCAU